AUGUAUGAGAGAGCUCAGGGUCUUAUUAAUGCCUUAUUAAUGUGUGAAGUGAUUAAGCAGGGCAGGAAUGCCCAGGUGGUGCUGAUGUUCUCCAGCCUCAGACCCGACUUUGCAGUGACUUCAGUAUGUUCUGAUGAUUGGCUGAUAGUGAGAAUGAGAAGGAAGCCAUUUGAUAAUGACACAGAAGUGAGAGCUGAUGACAUACACCUAGGGAACAACUGCUCUGUAACCAGGCUACUGAGCUUCAACUAUGAGUUUUCCUAUCCCGUUGUCUCCUGUGGGAUCAAUAAAUUUGUGUUCCAGGGAAAGGUUUUCAUCUUGUCUGAGAUCACGUACAAGCUGGAGUUGGAUCUCACCUAUCAUUUCCAGGUGGUUUGCUCUGUGAAGAGGCCUAAAUUAUUUUCUAUGGAGUCUUUUGGAUUAAAUGGGUAUAGUGUGAGUACCUUCGGGAGUGGCACUCAAGUAAUUGGACAACAGUGGUCAAUUUCUUUGCAAAGUAAAACAUGUGAACCUAUUUUAGCAGUUCUCAUAAGGACCAACUGCCUGUGA